CCCUAGCAUACACGGGCACACAACACAAGCACAGCAGCAUAGGCUUACAGCACGCACGGCCGCACACCGCACAGCCCCGCCGCCGGCCGGCGUCCGCCACCGCCUGGUCUCCAGCCCGCCGCCCAUCCAUCCUCCGUCCCCCGGCAUCCGCCGCUGCCGCCCGGCCGUCCUCCGUCGUCCGGCCCCCGCUCACCGCCGCCGAGGCGCUGACCAGCAACCUCCCUCCUCCGAGUGCCCGCCGCCGCUCUGCGGUCCUACGUCGCCCGGUGUCCGUCGCCGCCCGACGUCCGCCGCAGCCCGGCCAUCCUCCGUCGUCCGGCCUCCGCCGACCGUCGCCGAGGCGCCGACCAGCAUCCUCCGACCGGCCAGCCUCCGUCGCCCGGCCUCCUGUGACCCUGUCCCUCGCAGAGGAUAAAUGUACUACUAUUUCGGUACCGUUAGACAUUAAUAUGCUGCUGGCCCCUAAUACAGUUGCAUUUUGGGUAUAUGCAAAUGUUCAUUAGCUAUUGUCUAUGUGGUAUAUAUGGUUGUUGCUUUGACUUGAUAUCCGCAUAAAUAUUUUGAGUGUUUGUACCCAUCUUGGUAUGUAUUUGUAUCAUAUUUGUACCCGGUAUUACCCGUGAUUGUAUCCAUAUUCGAAUAUCCGUGUUAGAUCCAAAUCUGAUUGCAAGAUGUGGGUUAGGAUAUGGGAAGGGCGAAAUCUGACCGAACCCGACCCGUUUUCACCAAUAGUAUCGAUGCAUCAUAAAGGGAAAACAAUGAAAAUUCACAAGGGAAUAUGCACUGAAAAAUACAAAAGCCCAAAAGAACUUGCUCUGCUGCCAACAAAAAGGGGCCAGGAAAACCAUCCUAAUGAGGACAAAUCAUGACUGGCCCAUUAACGCCUGCGUGGGCCGUAAGCCGGCCAACUCGGCUCACCAUGGCCGGCGUUGCUCUCUCCCCUGGCGUUGUUCCGUCUCCUCUUCCUCGCGUGGCUUCGCCGCCUGCGCCGAUCUUCCGUCGUCCGUCCUGCUGUUCCCGCUGCAUCCUCACCGGGGCUCUCGUCAUGGCCAAUGAAGCAGCAAUGACAUCACCUGAGUCAUCUGAGGACAAAGCUCAUCGCAUAUUCUUGGAUUUCAUGACCAAGGUUGCACAGUAUGAUGAUCUAACUGAUGCAGGAAAAAGGAUUCUUCUGAAGUUUCAUCAAGAGCUCGAACAUUUUCGAAGACCAAAACUCGUCACAGAGUCAGGUGCCAUAAGUGAGAUAGUUAAAUCUAACUACAGUGACAGAAUGAGGUCUUAUCUUGAAGCUGGCUGCACCCACCAUGAUGAAAGCAUCCAGAACCUGAACGAGUUACAUUCUUGUCAGGAGCAACUUAAUGGCCACAUAAAUAAAGCCAAAUUAUUGCUUGAGGAACUUCAGUUUCUGGAGGAAGAUGUUUACAGUACUGCACUGACAGCCUGUCUGAGUUCUUUAAGACAUACAGAUGAUUGCUCUGAUGAUGAUAAUGUCACAAAUGAAUAUUCUGAGGAUGAACAACAACCUGGAGAUUUGCUGGACAGCGCAGUGUCUUGUGCAAGUGUGAUGGUCCUGGUUCAUAAUAUGUUAAAAAUGGAUUACAUGAUGCAGGAGAAGAUAGUUCACGCAUUAUGCAUUAAAACAUCCUCAUCAGAGCUAGAGGUCUACUGCCAAAUGUGGGAUUUGCGGCCAUACAUCGAUGAUAAUGUUAUGCGGCUUGCCUGGCAGUUUGUUCCUUAGAAGCUCCAGAAACGCUGGAGAAGAUGAACAGAAGCAGCACGCCAUGUUGAUCGGCUGGCGACUUUCCUGCGAGCAGCAGUUAUGUUGCUGCUGCAUGAGCAGCAGUUGAUUGUCAACAUUGAGUAGUGGACCAGUUGAGUGAUGAUGAUCAAAGAAUGUGCAUUUAUUGUAGAUAUGCUUAUUGGUUUAUACUACUAUACCAAUUAAAUUUUUGGUAUGAAGAGGACUUUUAAGAGGCCAAGCUGUAACAAGUUAUGGAUCUGUCAAUGUCAGCAAAUGUUGUUUUGUCCA